AUGCAGUGUUAUACGGAAUUGCUACCCCCGACGGGGGUCACUCAUGCCUUGGCACUACCUUUUGUCUCCGCUACUGCUAAAAAUCUGAUUGUGGUCCGGUCGUCGCUACUGCAGGUUUUUUCACUUCGCGACCCAACCUCUUGGCGGACAGGAGAAAGCACAGAGACCAGCCCGUCAGCCUCCCACCAACCGGAGACGAAAUUGCCCUUAAUCACGAAGAGCGGCGGAGAAGCCAUUUUACUUGCUGUUCGUAAUGCCAAACUCAGCUUGGUCGAGUGGGACCCUGAGCGCCAUGGCAUUUCCACGGUCUCUAUCCAUUACUACGAAAGAGAGGACCUCACUCGUAACCCCUGGGUGCCUGACCUAAGCCGCUGUGAGAGUAUUCUCAGCGUGGAUCCAAGCAGCCGAUGUGCCGUUUUCAAUUUCGGUGUCCGUAACCUUGCCAUUCUGCCUUUUCACCAGGCUGGUGAUGACUUGGUCAUGGAUGACUAUGACUCGGAGCUGGAUGGAGAGCGUCCUGACAGGACCCAAGAAAGGUCGACUGGUGUCGAGAAAUCCAAAGACGGCUCAGGGCAUCAAACCCCUUAUGCUGCCUCCUUUGUUCUGCCGUUAACAGCAUUGGAUCCUUCGUUGUUACAUCCCGUCAGUCUUGCAUUUCUUUACGAAUAUAGGGAGCCGACUUUCGGCAUUUUGUAUUCUCAAAUCGCAACUUCCAAUGCUCUGCUUCACGAAAGAAAGGAUGUGAUGUUCUACACCGUCUUUACUCUAGACCUAGAGCAACGUGCAUCCACAACUCUACUGUCGGUGACCCGGCUUCCCAGUGAUUUGUUCAAGAUAGUGGCACUCCCACCUCCCGCGGGUAAAACCAACGCGGUGGGCGUGAAUGAAUUUUCCAGGCAAAUGUCAUCUUUCUCAAUGAGUGAUCAAUCCGAUCUCGCUUUCCGUCUCGAGGGAUGUGUCGUUGAACGACUAGGUCGUGAUAGCGGCGAUCUUCUUCUUGCUCUUGCCUCCGGGGAAAUGGCACUGAUCAAAUUUAAGCUGGAUGGGCGGUCUGUGUCAGGCAUGACAGUUCACCCACUGCCACCCCAGGUUGGUGGAGAUCUUUUGAAGUCGGCCGCAUCAUGCUCCACUUGCAUUGGCGAUGGGAAUAUCUUUAUCGGUAGCGAAGAUUCGGAUUCGGUCCUUUUGGGAUGGUCUACUUCCUCACUAUCUGCUAAGAAGGCACGAAAUGAGUCCAAAAGGGCCAAUGACAGUGUCGAAGAAUUUUCAGACAAUGACCAAUUAGAUGACGAUGUUUAUGAGGAUGAUCUUUACUCUUCAGUGCCCGAAUCCAAUCAGGCCGACCCACGCAUGGUUCCCGAAAUACCGACCUCUGAGCUCUAUCAUUUCCGUCUGAAUGAUCGACUGACCAGCACUGGCUCCCUACGGGAUAUCACACUAGGACAAGCUUUUCCAGCAACCAAAAAUACCAAUAACUCCGCUAUUGAAGGCGUUUCCGCCGAGUUGGAGCUUUUGGCAUCACAAGGCUCCGGUCGUGCCGGUGGCCUGGCUGUCAUUAAAAGGGAAAUUGACCCCGUCACCUCCAUUUCUAUGAAGAUCGAAGAUGCCAAUGGGGUGUGGUCGGUCUCCGUGGCCUCGGAGAGAGGCAGUCUUGCCAAAAGUGGUGAUCCGUUAGAAGAAAAUUCCUUCCAGCAUUAUGUGAUUGUUUCGAGACUCAGCGGAUCAGAAAAGGAAAUUUCCGAGGUCCUGAAAAUUGAAGGGCAAGACCUCGAGUCUUUCAAAGCUCCCGAGUUUAAUCCUAAUGAAGACCGAACCAUCAAUAUCGGAGCGUUAGCUGACAAUACUCGUCUUGUCCAAGUCCUACGAAAUGAAGUCAGAAGCUAUGAUAUUGACCUUGGGCUAGCCCAAAUUUAUCCCAUUUGGGAUGAGGACACCGACGAAGAGCGUCUAGCAGUAAGCGCAAGCUUCGUGGAUCCUUACCUUGCGAUUCUACGGGACGAUUCCUCCCUGUUGGUUCUUCAAGCAGAUGACAGUGGUGACCUUGACGAGGUAUCACUUCCAGAUGAGAUCUCAUCAUCAAAAUGGCGAUCGACCUGUCUAUAUAAUGACAAGCAUGAAGCAUUCGGCAAGUGUCACCCAUCGCCAAAUGCUGCCAAAGAAAAUGUCUUGAUCUUCUUGCUAAGCAUGGACAAUAAAGUCUCAAUCUUCAGGCUUUCAGACAUGGUAAUUUUGUCCGUCAUUGAUGGCGUUGACUGCUUACAGCCUGUCUUGUCAGCAGAGCCGCCUCGCAGGUCAAAUUCUCGAGAACUCUUGAACGAGGUCCUUGUCGCGGAUCUCGGUGAUCGUUGGGCUCAUUCGCCAUAUCUGAUCGUGCGAACCGUCAACGAUGACCUGGCUGUCUACAAGCCUGUCUUCAUACCAGUGGAGGUCGAGAAUAGAUUAAUGCAAGACCUGCGAUUUUUCCGCGAGGCCAACCAUAGCUUGUCCAAUGUCACAUCGGGGGAAUCAUCUAGCUUGCUGGAGGAAAAGCGGGGGACAAGGCCAUUGCGAGUUUUGCGUGACGUUGCCGGGCUUUCCACCGUUUUUCUACCUGGAAGUUCUGCUGGAUUUUUGUUAAAGACUGCUGCAAGCUCGCCACACCUCGUGCGACUUCGUGGCGAGUUCACGCGAUGGAUGAGUGGCUUUCACUCGUCGUCUAUCGGCUGUGAGAAUGGUUUCAUCUACGUCGAUUCCGAUAAUUGGGUUCGUGCUUGUCAAUUACCCCCAGAUACUCAGUUCGACUACCCAUGGACACUACGCAAGAUCCCCAUGGAAGAGCAAGUCGACUUCUUGACCUACUCGACAUCAUCCAAUACCUAUGUCCUCGGGACCAGCUCCAAGGUCGGCUUCAAGUUACCAGAGGACGACGAGUUGCAUCCGGAGUGGCGCAUGGAGUCAAUAACAUUUUUGCCUGAGGUCCCUCAGAGCUCUGUGAAAGUUGUCAGCCCCAAAACUUGGGCCGUGAUCGAUACUUAUCCUCUGGAAUGUGCAGAGCAUAUAACAGCGGUUAAAAAUGUGAAUUUGGAGAUUUCCGAAAACACACACGAGAGGAAAGACCUUAUUGUUGUGGGAACGGCUAUUGCUAAAGGCGAAGAUAUUCCGUCCCGCGGGUGUAUCUACGUUUUUGAGGUGAUCGAAGUUGUUCCGGAACCAGGCCAACCAGAAACUGGACGGAAAUUGAAGCUGGUUGGCAAGGAGACCGUGAAGGGUGCCGUAACGGCACUGUCGGGCAUUGGCAGCCAGGGCUUCAUCAUUGUGGCCCAGGGACAAAAGUGUAUGGUUCGAGGUCUCAAGGAAGACGGUAGCCUUCUUCCCGUGGCCUUCAUGGAUAUGCUUUGCUAUGUAAACGUCGCCAAGGAACUCAAAGGCACAGGGAUGUGUAUCCUUGGCGAUGCCGUCAAAGGCAUCUGGUUUGCAGGCUAUUCGGAAGAACCGUACAAGAUGACACUCUUCGGCAAAGACCCAGACUACCUGGAGGUGGCGGCGGCGGAUUUCCUGCCGGACGGGAAUAAGCUCUAUAUGCUGGUUGCGGACUCGGAUUGCAACCUCCAUGUUCUGCAGUACGACCCCGAAGAUCCCAAAUCUUCCAAUGGUGACCGACUGCUCAACCGGAGUAAGUUCUACACCGGCAACUUUGCCUCGACAGUGACUCUACUGCCCCGUACUCCGGUGACGUCCGAAUUGGUGGAAUCGAACGACGAUGAGAUGGACGUGGACAAAGACCUGUCCAGACACCACGUCUUGAUCACCUCGCAGAACGGAUCUCUAGCAUUGGUCACAUCCGUUACCGAAGAAUCUUACCGUCGACUGUCAGCUCUACAAUCUCAGUUGACCAACACCAUCGAACAUCCCUGCGGACUGAAUCCUCGUGCAUUCCGGGCUGUUGAAAGCGACGGGGCCGGUGGCCGAGGCAUGAUUGAUGGAAACUUGCUGCGUCAGUGGCUGAGCCUAGGGAAACAACGCCAGGCGGAGAUCGCGGGUCGGAUCGGCGCCAAGGAAUGGGAAAUCAGAGCCGAUCUAGAGACUGUUGGUGGAGACGGACUGGGCUAUGUGUAG